AUGAAAUUAUCAUCAAGAAAUAAUAAUAAUUGGAUUAUAGCAGCGAUAAAAAUAUUAAAUAAUGAAAAUAUCAAUCUUUGUGAUCAUGAAAUAAUCAAUAAAAAUAAUGAAAAUCAUAUAAUAAAAGGAGGAAAGAUAGAUAUUACAGAAAUAUUAAGUGAAAAAAAUAUAUUUAAAAGUGCAUUGUCAAGAAAGAAUAAAAAAGUAAUAUUCAUAGAAGAUACAUUAGAAUUAGACGGAAUUACAAUGAUGAAAUGGAAACAUGUGUGUAAAGAGUUGGGGGAAGCACGAAAGACAAGAAAAGAAUACUAUAGUUUCUUGGUUUUUGCCAAAGAUAAAAAAAGAUCACAUAGUAAAAAUUAUCAAAGAAUGGGAAUAUACUAUACAUUUAGUAAAGAUAGAUUAGAUAUGAAUAAUUCACCUUUAUUAAAGAUUUUAUUAGCUAAAAAACUCUUUUUGGUAAAUCAAUUUCUUAAUCAAAAUUUGAAAAGAUGGUGCUUAUGUGGAUUUACGGGAUGUUGGCCAGAAUUAAAGCAUAGUGCCAUACUAGGAUUUCGUAAUUCUGGCCAAGAUCUGAUUUCCACCGGUAUUCAGAAAUCACAUACAACAUAUAUAUACAGCUAA